CUUUGAUGCCUACCAUGUCCAAUUGGAAGCAUCUUUUCAUAGUCUUUGUUCUUGGUGCAGCCAUGGGCAUCAUCUACAUUUCAUACAGAAACAGCUGUCACUCUGCAUCCCAGAUGGGAAGGACCACAAGUCAAGCAGCAACUGAGCAGCAAGCUGUAGAUAUACAUAAGUGCUCCCAAAGCUUCAAGACCAAACCAGUCUCUGUUUCAGAUGGCAGCAGUGGAUAUUUUCCCCUGGAAGAUGGACUCUUGAACCAGAUCAGAAUGGAGUGGAUAAAAAAGAAGACAGAAAGAGAAGAAAUCCUGGCAAAGCUGGACCAGUUGAUGCCCCAUGUGACUUUUAGUGAUAUUAAUAAGACCACCAGUGCUAAGAACAGCAGAACAACCGUCCUGAACCCAAAGGACUCUUACUGCGUUGGAGAAGACUUGGUGGUGCAGCUGGAUUUGUACGAUCGCUUGGGAAAUAGGAAGAAGUAUGGAGGAGACUUCUUGAGAGCAAGGAUCUAUUCCUCGAGCCUCAAGGCCGGAGCGUCUGGGAACAUCAAAGACUUUGGGAACGGGACAUUCCUGGUCAAUUUCACCUUAUUUUGGGAGGGGGAAGCCAGAGUCUCCCUCUUGCUCAUCCACCCCAGUGAAGGCGUUUCCGCCCUCUGGGCAGCGAGGAAGAAAGGCUACGACAAAAUUGGUUUCACAGGCAAAUUUUUGAAUGGAACAUCUGAAGUCACCGCUGAAUGUGGAUUUAACAUGACCAGAAAAGCAGAACUGUGCGAGUAUCUAGAUGAGCAUGACCAAGAAGCCUUCUUCUGCCUCAAACCAAAGCAUGUCCCAUGUGCAGCUUUAGUGCAACUGAAAUCCUACGAUAAACCCAUCUCCUAUCUCACAGACUUGGAACGGAGUCUUUUGGAGAGGUCCAACGUUGGAGUUGAGAUCCCUCACAUGUUUGAGGAAAUUCAUGUGCUACAAUGUGGAGGAAACCAGACCAAGGCAAGUGAGAAAUGUCAGUUUGGGAUGAGCCCCCAAUUUCCCAGUGGCUUCCUGUGGCAAAACCAGUGGUAUCCUCUCUUUUGCAACAUGUCCCUUUUCAACACUUUGGAGCAGAUUCAGGCAUGCUUGAAAGACAAGCUGGUCUAUUUCAUGGGAGACUCAACUGUGCGCCAAUGGAUGGAGAACCUCAAGAAAAGAUUGACCAGCCUUGUCUAUCUUAAUAUCCAUAAUAGUGGAAGGCCACAGAAAUUAAUUGCUGUCGACACUGCCAAGAACAUUCUGAUCCAGUGGAAAAAACACGGGCACCCUUUCAUUGGAACCCAUGAGUACUCCGUCAAGGAUCACUCCUAUAUCGCUCGGGAUAUUGACACCAUCGCUGGGGACAGAGACACGGCGCUUGUCAUUUCCUUGGGCCAGCACUUCCGCCCCUUCCCCCUGGAGCUCUUCAUCCAAAGAGCCAUCAAUGUCCACCACGCCAUCCAGCGCUUACUCCUGAGGAGCCCAGGCACCAGGGUCCUCAUCAAGGGAGAGAACACCCGGGAGAUGGACGGCGACCAGGAGAAGCUUAGCGACUUCCAUGGCUACGUCCAAAACCUUGUCACAAAAGAACUUUUCCAAGAUCUCAAUGUGGGUUUCAUUGACGCAUGGGACAUGACAGUUGCGUACAACACUCAGAAAGUUCACCCUCCGGAUUCUGUGGUCUGGAGUGAGAUUCAUAUGUUUUUAAAUUAUGUAUGUUAAGACCUCAGAGGGAUUCUAGGUCUGGAAGCCUUGAACCCCUCUGAGGAAAACUUAGGGUGCUGUGCAUGUUUAAUGUAUUGUCGAAGGCUUUCAUGGCUGGAAUCACUGGGUUGUUGUAGGUUUUUCCGGGCUAUAUGGCCAUGUUCUG